AUGGAAUGUGGGAUGUUCUUUAGUCACAGUGGAAAACUGAGGACACAUCAACGAAUUCACACAGGGGAGAAACCAUUUAAAUCACUUAGAAGACACCAACGAAUUCACACGGGGGAAAAACCAUUUGAAUGUAUUGAAUGUGGAAAGUGUUUCAGUCAAUAUGGAACACUUAGAAUACACCAACGAACUCACAUGGGGGAGAAACCAUUUGAAUGUAUUGAAUGUGGAAGGAGCUUCAGUGAAAGUGGAACACUAAGAGAACACCAACGAAUUCACACGGGGGAAAAACUAUUUGAGUGUAUUGAAUGUGGAAAAAGCUUCAGUCAAAAUAGAUACCUUAGAAUACAUCAACGAACUCACACGGGGGAGAAACCAUUUGAAUGUAUUGAAUGUGGAAAGUGCUUCAGUGAUAGUGGACACCUUAGAAGACACCAACGAACUCACACGGGGGAGAAACCAUUUGAAUGUAUUGAAUGUGGAAAGUGCUUCAGUGCAAGUGGAGUCCUUAGAAAACAUCAACGAACUCACACAGGGGAG